AAAUUGGACAUUUGAACAAAUUGAAAAAAAAUGUCGUCCAGAAGCUUGAGAGUACCAACAUUUACAGAUCCUCCAGAUUCUGAAAGAUCAGGAGUCGUAUGUGUUUUCAAGGCAUUGGAAAAAGAGUAUAAUAAAAUAUUUAGAACCACAAUUUAUCAGUUCCAGAAAUGGAAUUUCUUUAUAACAUCGAAUGAACCUUUAAAUCUUUUUAAAAAACAAUUAGAAGACAUAGAAACUGAAGUGAAACUUAAAAUAGUACCUGCUUCAUGUGUUGUGGUUGAGUUUACCUCACGAACUCAGGAUGAGCACUUUGAGCUUUGGAUCGAAAAAUGUUAUGAAGUUCUAGAAAAAUGUUUUAGGGACCUCGUAUUGCUAAUAUUGAGUGGACCUCAGGAUAAUAUUCAACAUCUUUUUAGAGAGAUAGAAAAAUCUGGCAUGGUUGGGGACGAUUCUUUAUCAAUAUUUGAAAUGAAAGGUGCAACUGAAAUUUUUCUGCUAGAAAGAGGAGAAGUUGUAUUUGAUCUUAUUAUGAGUAUGCAGAAACAUAUGGAAAACAUCAGAAUAUGGAGCCCAGAGACAAGAGAAGGCAUUUUAUUCAAUGUGUUUACCAUACCUGAUUUGCAAUACCGACUGAACAGAGUGUUUAAAGGAACUGAGAAAACAAUGUUAGAAUAUCCAUAUGUACAAAUAUAUCAAAGUGGGAUGAUAAUCAAAAUAAUGGGAAAUGAAAAUGAUUGUGCUACAGCAAGUAAUUACCUUAAAGCCAAUUCCUGGAUGGCAGGUAUCCACUUUGAAAUUUGUGAAUAUUUUGAUGGGUUUUUGUUCUUUCUAGACAGAAAAAAUGUCCAAGAAUGUAUUGAUAGACAAAUUGCUACAAUCAAUGGCACCUGGGCAGUUAUUAGACCACCACAGAGCAAUGAAAUGCUUUUAGUAUACGGGAAUACUUCUCAUGAUACAAAUAUGAUAAUCAACAUAUUGUUGGAAUCUAUCAAAGUCAGAGAAUAUGGUGUCUUGAAUUCAACAGAUACGGAGGAUAUCGUCAACAAAUGGAAACUACAUGCCGAGCAUCUGGAGAAGAGUUUACAGGGCAAACUUUGUUUGCUGACAAACACAAAGAGAAAAGUCGGCUUCGUAAAUUUAACAUUCGUUUACACUUCUGAUCUUGAAGAAGAGGAAAGUUUGAAGAUACUUUUUCGCCAAGUUGAACUACGAGUACCUGGAAAAGAGUCGAUACAAAUGAAGGCCAAACAUUUCAUUUGGCUAAAAGAAUAUUACAUGGAAUUUCUGCAAACAGAGGCCAAGAGAACCGGUGUUACCAUAGAUUUUGUUCAAGAGAAAAACGAAGUUAAAAUUGCAGGUCUGUCUUCAGCUUUGAUGGAGAUAAAACAAUUGAUUAAUUCAGUAUGUCCGAAAGAACUGAUUUUAUUGCUCCCGUUUGAAGCUCUACCUUCUAAGGUAACAGAUUUUCUGCGCGAAUGCCAAUGCUGCUUUGUGUACAGUCCAUUUAAAAAUUCACGAUUGUGGAUAAAAGGAAAUACAGGAAUUGUCGUUUACAAAGGCGAGUCAGGAACAAAAUGCCUCUACUAUGAUGUCCAAGUGAAGCCAGUGGAGUCUGAAGGAAAAGAUACGGUUAUUGAAUGGCUUAAUGACGAGAAAACUGCGCUGCUGAAAUUCCCAUUAUGGCGUGAAGGAGGAACAAGAGAAAAAAAUCAAAUUGAAGAGGUUUUACAACUGUUGUUUACCGAGGUUAAAAAGCAGAACAAAAAAUAUGUAGCUUUUGACUUGCAAAAUCUGGCAAUUUGGCCAAUGAAAACGUGUGUUAAAAGUAUUAUUGACUGUGUCCCCAAACCUCCAGAAGGCCUUAUAAUCUGGAUCAGUCAUCCCGAUGAAAAUGCGUUUCAAACUGUUAUCGACUGCCUUAAGGAAGCAGAAUUCACCAAGACUGAGGGAGAUCUUAAAAGCUCCAAAAUUGAGUUAAAGGUUGUCAAAGGAAGGAUAGCAAAACUACAAGAAAAGGUAGAUGUUAUUGUUAACACAACGUCAUUGAGCUUAGAUAUGACAAGUGGAGCAGUUUCUGCAUCCAUAUUAGAAGCUGCAGGUGAUGGACUGAAAACAGAGAUAGCCCAAAUUCCAGCCGACCUCACAACAGGUCAAGUAAUUAGGGUCAAUUAUGGGGAUGUUGCUGAGACAUUCGGAUACAGAUUGAAUUGUGAGAGAAUCUUUCACGGGGCUCUUUAUAAAUGGAAGGAUGAUCAAGAAAAAGCAAUGGACGUUCUUCGACAAUUUGUGAGGAACUGCAUAUCUCUGGCAGACGAGAGAAAAUUUAAAACUUUGGCAUUCCCUGCCAUUGGAACCGGACAGUUAAAGAUUCCUUCAGUUCUGGUAGCAACUAGUGUGAAAAGUAUAGUUGAAGAGUAUGCAGCUUCAAACGAUCACAAGCAUGUAGAGAAAAUCUUAUUUGUUAUUCAUGAAAAAGAUGAAGAAAAUUUCAAAGUCUUUCGGACUAUUUUGGAGCACGAAAAUGCUGCAUGGAAAACCAGAGAAACGCCUGAAAUUCCAGUGCUUUACAGAUUUUCUGUGUAUGGCGAAGAACAAAAUGUAGUGGGUGCAAUGAAUGUUCUUGCUGGAAUGUUUCGAGAACAUGUCAAUGAAAAAUAUAAAUUGGCAAUGUCUCAGAAAGAAGAAAAGAAAGAAACAAAUCAGCAGAAAAGUGUUCAAGUUCAACCUGUUGUAAGAACAAGUAAGCAAAUAAAUCUAGAAGCAUUACUUUUCAUCUUAUUAUGAAGCAUUUCUUUUUUACAUUU